UUUUGAUUUCCUCUUAUUACUAUUACCGAUGUGAUUGUGCGCGUUUGUCAUGAGGCCUAAUAAAAUUUCCAGCUAACUCUAUACUACGAAGUACAACUUUUUAUACUCCUCGCUCCUCGGCUCCUCGCAAAAUCUUCUUCGUACUUCCAAGUUCCAAGUUCCAAGUCAAAGUUCGUAGAAAAUCAAAUAAAAAUCCCACCAAUAAUUCACAACUUUUCCCGUUCCCCCCAUUAAAAUCAAAUCAAACCCUAACCCCCCAAAUCAAUCAACCUCUAAUCACUGAAUGCCAGGACGAAGAUGACGACGCCCUGCGACUCUCGAUUCUCUCUCCUCCUUACUUUCAUCUCUCAUCGUCUCUAUCAAUCGUCUGAAUCAUCCAUUUCUUGCGAUGAUUCUAACCAAAUUUUGAGAGAUUAUGCAAUUCGAGAGAUUAAUCUAUUGCUUUGGCUUUCAUUUAUCGGAAUUACGGUUCUUUUGCUGAGGAAAUUGAUCGUUCUUUUCAAAUUAUGGUCUCAUGGUAGUCGUAUUCCUGGUCCACCUUCUCCUUCCUUUUAUGGUCACUCUGUGCUCUUUACUGGCACCAAUCCUCAUGAGAAUCUUUCUGAACUCUUGGAUAAGUCACAUAAGAAGUAUGGAUCAAUCAUAAAGCUAUGGCUAAGUCCUACGCAGCUUCUAGUGUCUGUAAAGGAUCCUUUGGUUAUUAAUGAAUUGCUUCUCAAGGCUGCUGAUAAAUUACCUUUGAUAGGGAGAGUGUACCGGCUGGCCUUUGGGCAGUCAAGCUUCUUUGUCUCUUCAUUUGAAAAGGUCAAAAGAAAAAGGGAGGUGUUGGCAAUGGAGUUAAAUGGGAAGUUACUUGAGAAAGCAAAUGCAAUGACUGAUAGAGCUGUACAUUCUGUAAUGGAAAGAAUAUGCGAAACCAUGGGCAAGGGAGCCCUUGAUUGUGAAAUGUUCUCCCAACACAUGGCUUUCUCCAUCCUAGGAGCCACAUUUUUUGGUGAUGCUUUUUUUGCCUGGUCCAAAGCUAAUGCUUAUGAGGAGCUUCUUAUGAGGAUUGCAAAAGAUGCUAGUUUUUGGGCAUCAUAUAAUGUCCCUCCAUUCUGGAAACAAGGUUACUGGAAGUAUCAACAUUUGUGCACAAAGCUGAAAGCCUUGACUCAAGAUAUUGUUCAGCAGUGCCAGAUGAACUACAAACUGUUGUGUCAACCCAACUGCCAGAACAAUCCUAAAAUGAAAGAAGAGGACGCUGCAUCUGGUGCAACUUUUUCUAUUGGUGUUGCAAAGCUUGAGAGUUCAAGCUCGCCAGAGUCCUGUUGUCAUCUGAAUCAACGGGAAGACCCAAAUGGAAAUGUCAUGGGAAUGAUGUUUCAUGGGUGCCUAACCACUGCUGGUCUGAUUGGUAAUGUCCUAGCCAGGCUUUCAAUGCAUCCUGAAAUACAGGAAAAGAUAUAUUCAGAGGUAAUUACAGUUAGAAAACAAUUUGAUAAGCUAAAUAAGCAAGAUGUCAGUAAGAUGCACCUCUUAUUGGCUACUUUGUACGAAUCUGCUCGCCUCCUCCCUGCUGGACCUCUGCUCCAGAGAUGUUCUUUGGGACAAGACUUGGAUCUUGAAAAUGGGUUGCACAUUCCUGCUGGAGCUCUGCUUGUGGCCCCCAUACAAUUGGUUCAGAUGGAUGAAUUUAACUGGGGAAGUGAUGCUGCUCAGUUCAAUCCAUACCGCUUUUUGUCAAAGUCUGAAAAGAGAUCUGAGCUUAGCAGAAGCUCCGAAGCUACAGAUGCUGCUGAAGCGCCUCCAGAUGCAGGAGAGGAUCCUUACAUCCUAAGAGAUCCAUAUAAGAAUGUUGCAUUUCUUCCAUUUGGUUCUGGUUUACGUGCAUGUGUUGGCCAGAGGUUUGCCAUUCUAGGAAUCGCAUCUAUAUUUGCAUCACUGCUUGAACAGUAUGAGGUUAAACUCCUACCUAGAUCUUUUAUUGAGCCAAAGCCAGUAAUGACCAAUUGUGUUCUUCAACUUGGUCCGAGUCCAAAGAUAGUUUUUGUCAGACGUAAUGCCUGAUUGUACCUCUGCUGUGCGUGCAGUCUUCUGUUCAAAUUGUACACUAGUUUGUUGUGAUGUGAUAAAAGGAUGACGUCUCUGUUUUCCAAAGUUGUAUGGGAGAUGCUUUUUCUUGCUUGCUCAGCUAUCAAAGGAGAGAUGAUACAUGAGCACAAUACGGCUGCUCGUGUUUUUUUUUCUUCCUGCAUUUUUCGUUGGCCUGAAGUGCUGGUUUGUUUGCCACAAUUUUAGACAGGUUUUGAAGCACUUUGGCCUAUCCCUGCAGUGAGCUCUGUGAUUUUCCUCCCUACCUUUGGUUUUGUAUAUGGAUUUUGUAUUUGGUUCGUUUCUUUUUCUCCGUAAGGAGUUUAUGUUGUAAUAUCAUGUAAUCCAGAUGUAAAAAAGCAGCAUUACUCAGGCUACGAUUCAGUAUUUAGUUAGAUAUGCCUUAUGGGAUCUGGGUAGAUACGUUGCAAACUUGCAGUUCUAUCUGCCAUCAGUUCAAAACUUGGCCACUUUUCUGUAGCAUAUAUAUAUGCUCUUCUAAAGUAAAGAUGUAAGAUAUUAUUGGUGAAUGGUGAAAACUUAUAUAUUUCAAGUGUUGAUAACUGAUUUCUCAUGA